AUGGAUCGGGUAGCAAAGUUGGCGUCACAAAAGGCAGUGGUGAUUUUCAGCAAGAGCUCAUGCUGCAUGUCCCAUGCAAUCAAGAGACUGUUCUAUGAACAAGGGGUGAGCCCUGCAAUCUAUGAGCUCGAUGAAGAAUCAAGAGGGAAGGAGAUGGAGUGGGCUUUGGUGAGGCUAGGGUGCCAGCCCUCAGUGCCAGCUGUCUUCAUCGGAGGCAAAUUCGUCGGCUCGGCCAACGCAGUCAUGACCCUUCAUCUCAAUGGCUCUCUAAAGAAGUUGCUAAAAGAUGCUGGGGCAUUAUGGCUUUAG